GGAAAGGUCUAAAAGAGUCUGAAAAUUCCAAAUUGGGCCUAUUAAGAAAAAUCCCAAUUCGUCGGACUACUAAAUUCAUAUUCUUGAUUAGAGGCCCAAAUUUUCAAAAACAAAUUCCACAAAAACUCCAAAAAAACCAGCGACUCUAAAAGCCGCGACUCAGUGAGUCGACACUCGCAAGCUCACAAGGUCAUAACUCAUAACCCCAAUUCACCGCCAUUAAACUCUCAAUAAAUCACCCACAAAACCCUCUUAAUUGUCGAUUAAACGGAGGAUUAAACACAUCCUGAAAGAGAAAUUUCUCCAAUUUACAGGAUUUUCUGCUACAAAUCAAGGAUAAAUGGAGAGUAUAUUAGAUACUAUUGAUGAAGAGCUGAGCUUUGGAGAUGGCGAAGAUGUGGAGAUGAUGGAUAUUGAAGAAGGAGAAGUUGUGGAUGGGCAUGUUUCAGGGGAAACUAGUGACAAAAAUGAUAAUGAAGUAAAGACUAUUUCACAGAGUGAAAAUCUUCAACCGGCAAAGAAUACAGGCAAGAGGAGGAAGAAGAAAAAGAAGAAUAAGAAAAAGAAUUUCGUACCCCAAUCAGAUGUCGUUAACAUUGACAGGUUUGUUGUGGAUGUCUGUAAGAGGUUAAGAGAGCGAAAGUCAUAUCUGGUGUAUACUGCCAUUGGUGUUCUGGGAAUACCUGCUGUUAGGGAUCUUGUUAAAGAGGUAGAAGCUGUCCAAGUUUGUGGAGGUCAGAAGACUGUUCUUGGCGAUCGAUAUAGGUCUGGUGGAGGGGUAUUAUGGAAUAUACUUAAGGCACGAGACCCCAAUGCCUAUAAGGAGAUAAUGAAGAAAGGAAGGGACUUUGAGAAACAAUUUAGGCGACCGAGUGUCCAACCACCUAGUGCUUCAGAUGCAAUGACCAGUAAGCCAGUGGCUAGCACUUCAGACAAUGACUGUGAGAUAGAAACCCCAGUGCAAGAUCAGUUACCGCAGCUCAGUGCUGGAGAGAAACGUGUGCCUGUACAUGAAAGGAUUAGGGUUCCUGUGUCAUAUGAUGAUCUGCCUGUAGAGGAGCCAGCAAAUGACCAAUCAUCUUGAAACAAUGUGGACAUGUUUUUGGCUAGCAAUGGAGAGUUGAGAUCUUUUUGUGGUCUUCUUUCUUCAAACUUCAAUUCAAAGAGAGGAUAGGAGAUCAAGUUUUGGUAACAAAUUGUUUUAUAAAUAUUUUUCCCUCUUUAAUGGUCAAUGACUUGUUUUGAUGCCAAUUAUUGUCUACAUUAUUCUUAA